CUUCGAGUCUCUCUUUCUUUCUUUUUUCUCUUUCUCUCUCUCUCUCUCUCUCUCUUUCACUAUAUAUAUAUAUAUAUAUAUAUAUAUCGUCUCUACUUGUAUUUUUUUCUUUCUUUUAGUUUUCUUUAUCCUCCCUUUUUUCCCAAAAAGGUAGGAAUUGGUAUUCCUCCUCGACCCCUUUUCCCCAUUAUUCUUACACAAUUUUAUUUUCUUUUUCUUUUUCUUUUUUUUCAAUUUUUUGACUUUUUUUUUUGUUGACUUCCCCACCUCUUUCUAUAUAGCCUCGUUUGAUUCCCUACUAUGGCUUACCUAUCCAACAGACAUUUUUUAGAUGCCUCCCCUUCUCUCUCUGAUCCAUCUUCUCUCUUCACUUCACGAUCCUCCGUUCAACUCUCUUCUUCUACCCACCUGCCUAUUUGGGAGGAUCCUUCCUUUUCUCCACAUCAACCAUGUCCUUCUACCACUCCUUCUUUCCCUCAACAACCUUCUUCUCAAGAUCCUUCUUCCCGUUUUUUCUCUUCUCCUUCUUCUCAAAUUCCCGCUUCCAAGUCUUCCACUCACCCUCACUCUCACCCUCCCACUUCUGUUUUUGCAGACAACGUCACUCAUCCCUCGAAACUUCCAUGGCGAUCCAGUCAAGUUAAAUAUCCCCUUUACAAUUCAACCAACUCAAUCUCUGCCUCUGUCUCUCCCUCCCAAUUUCCUCCUUCUACCCCUUCAAAUCCUUCUCCACCUUCUUUAUCGAACCGCUGGACUUUCCAACCCCUUCGUGCAAACUCCUUGUCCCAUGACCACCAUGCUUUGGAUCUUUCUUUAGAUUCUUCUUCUUUCAAACCCGAUCCCUCUUCUACCCAUCACUCUUUCAGUCCUCCAAGGCGCUCCUUAUCCAAUACUCCCCUUCUUGAUCCUCUCUCUUCUUCUACUUCUUCUUCGUCUCCUUCCUCACGACCCUUAUUCUCUGGUUUGCAAGCCCUAUCCAUCCAUGACCCACCUCCUCUUAAGCCAUCUUCCACUCAGCGGACACUCUCCAACCCAAAUAUUCAACGAUACUCUUCUCAUAGAAAAUCCUUAAAUAAUACCCUACUGAAUAAUUCCAGGUUAUCCCAACACUCUACUCCCAUCAACCAUUUGCUUCGGAACAUGAGUACUUCCCCUUCUUUUUCUCUCGAUGGCUCUGAAGCUUCUCUGACUCCUAUGUCUUUGUCUCGUAGUAUCCCCAAUUCUCCCGUUGAAACUGACUCCGUACAUACUCCUAGUCUUUGUUCCUCCUCCGAUUCACUUGCCAUCUAUCCAGAGACGAAAGUGAAUACCUGCCCUUUUCCCACUUGUCCAAGCUGUAAAACCGCUCAAUUUCUUCCCCAACUAUCCACCCAAUCGAAUAUCCCCUCCUUCCUCCAUGAGCGAAACUCUGUCUCAAACACAAACACAGCAACAAGCUCCGACCCAUCCUACGAUGGAAAGCCAAGUCAUUACGAGGCUGGACAACGGUUUCUUUAUCGAAACACCAAUAUAAACAGACCGUCAGUUUCCAGAGACAUACACGAUGUUACCUCGAUAGACGAAAAUGUACAACCACUUCAACAAGCCGGAAAACACAAGAAGCCUGAGGACUACAAGCCAAAUACACACAAAAAAUAUACUUCCAACAAACUGAAAAAUAUGGAAUUUCCCUCCCUUGAAGAAAUGUUGGGUCGAAUUCCAUCGAUUUGCAAAGACCAACAUGGCUGUCGCUAUUUGCAAAAGCUUUUGGAUGAGAAUCCUAAAACAAACGCUUCUUUGGUUUACGAUGAAGUUGUCUCUUCCAUCGUGGAGCUUAUGAAGGAUCCCUUUGGCAACUAUAUGUGCCAAAAACUUUUCGUUUAUGCCUACCGAGAGCAAAAACUAGCAAUGCUAAAGGGUAUUGGAAAAGAUGUUGUCGGCAUUAAUUCCGACUUACAUGGAACUCGAGCUAUGCAAAAUAUCAUUGACAAACUUACAUCUAAUGAACAAAUUUCGUUAUUGAUGCGAAUUCUCACCCCAUUCUUGGUAGAACUAGCUUGUGAUGGAAAUGGCAACCACGUUUUGCAAAAAUGCAUCGACAAGUUUUUACCAGAAAAACUGGAAUUGUUGUUCUUUUCCAUAAAGCGCCAUGUUUUAAAAUUAGCAACCCACAGGCAUGGAUGCUGCGUUCUACAGCGUAGCUUGGAUGCCACGAAAGGUUUGAUGAAAAAUCAACUGGUCGAAGAAAUAAUAAGCCAUGCCCUAUUUCUAGUUCAGGAUCCUUACGGAAAUUAUGUAAUUCAACAUAUUUUAGAAAUGAACGUCGAACAAUAUAAUGCAAGUAUAUCACAACAAUUUCAAGGACAUAUUUGUGAAUUGUCUCUACAAAAAUUCAGCUCGAACGCUGUCGAAGACUGUAUACGUACCGCUUCCCCAUCUACCCGCAAAUGGAUUUUGGAUGAAUUCUUGUCUUAUCCAAAAAUUGAGGACCUGUUAAACGAUAGCUAUGCAAAUUAUGUGAUGCAAAGUUUUCUCAUACAUUCUAAUGACGAAGAGAGAGAGAAAAUUGUCCAUUUAUUAGUUCCUCUAUUGCCCAAAAUUUCUGCUUCCAGCCAUGGGCGUCAUAUAAUUGGAAAAAUCACCGAAUAUGCUAAGGCUUAAGGGAAAAUAUUGCUAUCUUUUUAUUUUUUUAUUUUUAAUUUCUCCUUGUUAAUUAAUUUUAAUCAGAGACGAUUGUCCGAUGACAUUUUCGUUUUAAUGGAGUCGAUGUUGUUACAAUCUUUGCAUCCGCUUGUAGAAUCAGAUACCUAGAGGGUGCUUCCGUGUGUAUCUCUCUUUGAUUCUAUGUCGGUUUUGGACGUCGAUGCAUUAUACCCAACUUAUUAUUACUUUUGCUCAAAUGAAGGAUAUAUUGAAUCCUUCAAUAAUUUUUUUUGUAACCGUUUACUAAUUUUGUUUAAAACUAAUUUUUAUCUCUUUAUUUUACUGAUAUUUUCUUGCUCGUUUGGCUGGAACGUAACACUUUUCUUCAACUUUAUAUGUUGCUGUAUAGCC